CGUUGCGACACGGCUGUUGUAUUAAUCCAGAGGUUGGCAAACAGUGGGCAAGGUCCAGAACAACAACUCUUAGCCACGAAUCAUCAACGUCUUGUGUUUCCUCCUCCAAGCAAGGUCGGUGGCAUCAUGCAGUUUUUUGAAAGAAUCUCUGCCGUAUCCCUUCUGUUUUCAUUCCUGGCUGUCGCCGCAACCAAUGGCGAUGACAAUGGCAACCAAACCACACAAGCACAAGCUGAAUUAUUUCUCAAAAAUGCCUACAAGAUAUUGACGGAAUAUUCCUACAAAAGCAGUCUGGCGGCUUGGGCAAGGGCUACUAACAUCACAGACUACAACUCACAGGUUGAAAUCAAAGCUUAUCUCGCCUACACCGAAGUUUACGCAGAAGUCCAGAAGAAUGCUUCCAAGUUUGACUUGAACAAACUGGACUACGACACGUCACGACAGAUUAGAAUGCUGAGUAACUCCACGAACCUAAAAAAUCAGACGGAAUUUGAAGAAUCGGAGAAGCUUGGUUCGCGAUUGAGCAAAUUAUACAGCACGGCUAAAGUUGGCAAUAACUCACUAAGUCCCCAGUUAGUUAACAUCAUGGCAAAAUCGCGCGAUUAUGAUGAACUUCUUCAAGCUUGGUGGGGUUGGCGUAACGAAUCCGGACGGAAAAUGAGAGAUGUUUAUAGACGUUUCGUUGAAUUAAAAAACAAAGGUGCAAGGGAAAAUGGCUAUACAGAUCGCGGACAGGCAUGGAGAGGACGCUAUGAGGUUGACGAUCUUGGCAAUAUUGUAGAAAAAUUGUGGAAUGACCUACGGCCGUUGUAUCUCGAAAUGCAUGCAUAUGUACGGUACAAGUUAACAAAAACCUAUCGUGGAAAAGUUUUAGAGAACGACUACAUUCCAGCCCAUUUGCUAGGCAACAUGUGGGCACAGAGCUGGGUUAACAUAUAUGAUCUUGUAGAGCCUUAUAAAAACAAGCCUAGCCUGGAUGUCACGUCGAAUUUGAAAAAGGACUCACGGUAUAAUACACCAGAGAAAUUGACUAAAUUAGCAGAAUCAUUUUUUGAGUCAAUCGGUCUCAAAAAACUGCCAGCAAAUUUCUACAAAAAUUCGUUGUUACAAAAACCUAAGGAUCGCGAUGUUGUUUGCCAUGCUUCUGCCUGGGAUUUCCUGCUGUAUCAGGACGUCAGAAUCAAGCAAUGCGUGGAAAUAACGCACAACCACCUGGUCACUUUGCAUCAUGAACUUGGACACAUACAGUACUAUUUGCAAUACGGGAACCUGCCUUAUGUUUAUCGGACAGGUGCUAAUCCGGGAUUUCACGAAGCUGUGGGGGACCUGAUGUCACUCUCUGUUGAUACACCUGGCCACUUAGAAACACUCGGUUUGUUAAAAGACUACAAAAGUGAUAACGAGGCGGACAUUAAUGCCCUAAUGAAAAUGGCAAUGAGAAAAGUGGCAUUCCUUCCGUUCGGCUACCUUAUUGAUCAAUGGCGGUGGAAUGUAUUCAAUGGUAAAAUCAGUGAAAAAGAAUACAAUGCAAAAUGGUGGGAAUUGAGACGUAAAUAUCAAGGCAUUAAACCACCUGUUCCAAGAAGUGAAGACGACUUUGAUCCGGGUGCCAAAUACCAUAUUCCUAGCGAUACGCCAUAUAUCAGAUAUUUCAUCAGUUACGUCCUACAGUUCCAAUUUCACAAAGCUGCCUGUAAAGCUGCAGGUUUCAAAGGUCAUCUGUUCAAGUGCUCAAUACAUGAAUCUAAAGCUGCUGGUAAGAAGAUUGGUGCUAUGCUUGAGCUGGGUAAGAGUAAACCAUGGCCAAUUGCUUUAGAGAAGAUGACUGGAAGUAAAAAUAUGUCCGUGGCGCCAAUCAAGGAAUAUUUUGAACCACUGCGAAAGUGGCUGGUGAAAGAAAGAUGCGACAAGAAAUACAAGGUUGGCUGGCCUGGGCAAUCAGCUGAUGGCGUCCAAGAUUGCGAAACAACAAGCGCGGGGGUAAAGAAUGUUAACGGAAAAUACUCAUCUGCCAUUUUGCUUUUCGUGGCCUCGUUACUUCAAUUCGUUGUUUCCAUGUAACUCGUAUAUUCAUAUAGACAACAGUCUCAAUUAAAACAUGCAAAAUUAAUUUUACCAAACUAGAUUCUAAGCAAAGAGUGGAAAGAUGUGAUUUUUAGAGAAUUCUAAUAGUAUCGAUAAUACUGUAUUCCAAAAAAAUUGAAUUAUAUGACAUCUAUAAGGA